AUGAAGUUCACUGUCCCCAUUCUUGCUUCUCUGGUAGCUACCAGCACCGCUCUCUUCGACAAGGACCAGCCCUGGGGCAAGCGCGACUACUCCUGUGUCAAUGUCUACCAGGGUAUUAAUGACGGCUCGACCGUCACCGCUGGUCAAACCAUCAAGGUCCGCUUCGACCGGAAGCCUACCGCUCGCUGCGCAGACCCCCUGAACAAGUACCCCGGUGACGACUACAGCGUGUGGCUGUACAACAACCCUGUCCGGGACCGUGACAACAUUCACUUCGACCAGUCGAUCAAGAUCACCAGCGGCAUUAAGGAGAAGGCAGGUGCCGUGGAUGUUACUAUCCCCAAGAACCUGCCCGAGGUAAAGGAUGGUUCCGUCUGGUACUUGAGAGUUCAGACUUCUUUGUCGACUGCUCCUCAGGUAUGUUAA